CGCCGUCGACCAUCCCCUCGCGUAUCCUCCGGGCGGCGGAGCUACGCGGUUGAGACGAUGGUCGACUCCUCGUCCGCGUCCGCUGCUUCACCUCCUCGAUCUUCUACCGGAUUGGCCGCAGCUCCCUAGACGGCUCCGGCUUCGACACAUUGCGAUCCAUCAGAACGCAGAGAGAGAGAGAGAGAGAGAGUGUGUGUGUGUGUGUCAGAGAUUUCGAUGUUUUGUUCGAGAGGAAAUGGGGGGAGAGGUUGGGGGCUUUUUGAAGGAGAUUAGGGUUAGGGUUUGAGGUCGACGUAGGGCGGCAGAAAGGGUGAUGGGAUGGGCCAAGCGAACAGGAAAAGGCGAAGGUGAUAAAAGGCAAGGGUAAGGUCAUCGUCAUCGGCGCCGGCGGUACUGGGCGACCGGGAGCCGAGAGCAGCGGAAACGACUAACGAGGAAAGUUAGCCUUUGGAGAUUUCCGGUGCCUCGACGAAGGCCUUGGCGGCCAGAAGAACAAGCGCAAGAGAUCUGAGUCCGAUGGCCCCGAAUCCAUGGAUGUCGACCCCAACGCCGCCGCCGGCGGCGGCGAUGCCAUCCUCCCACCGUCCAAGAGGCCCGCCCUCCCUUCCCUCGAGAACCCGGAGAAGCCCACCUUCGGCCGUCCCACUUAUGACGGCGUGAUCGCCGGCAAGGUCUCGGGCCGUAAGUGGAAGCAAGCACGCACCCACCGGUCAUCCGCCAUCGCCGUAUCCCGCCGCGGCCCCUCCUUCGAGCUUCGGACGAGGGAGAAGGAGCUGAAGCGGGCGUUCCGGGAGCGGAAGGAGGAGCUCAAGGAGGAGAUCCGGCGGAACAAGGAGGAGAAGAGGAAGAUGAGAGAGGAGAGGGAGAAAAAGAAACAGGAGAACACUCUGAGGACGGGCACGAAGCUCCAGAAGAUCACCAAUCCCAAGACUUUGAAGAAGAUCGCCAAGUCGAAGCAGAGGAAGCUGCUCAAAGUCGUCCCGGAUGAGCUGCUCAACAAGAAUAGCAGCAAUAACAAGAAAAAAAGUUCUAUCACGCGGUUUAUGUUUGAUUGGUUGAUUCUGAGGGUGGGAGCUCAUGGCUAGGGAAGAGGCCUCAUU